AUGUCCAUUUCUUCAACAGGAUUCAACGGGUCGAUCUGUUUCAUUUCUCUUAGCGACUCGUCCAGUCCCAUGUGGAAACUUUGGCUGUCGGGAACAACCAUCUCUGGCUCUGCAGGCUCGGAUGGAAUAGGUUGUCGUUCCACAUACGAGGCAUUUCCUCCUGUCGAAGGACGCGAACGGUUGAAAAAAGUAGACGAUCUGCGCGAGUCCUCCACAAAGAACAGAUCCUCAAGCUCAUUUAGAGUCGACAUCGGGAUCUCAACAGGAUCAGCAGCAGCCUCCAAGCUAUCAUCGUCCACGACCUCUUCCUCUAGUCUGACACUAUCGAUCUGUGGGUGCUCGGGCUCUGGAUUCUCUCGCGGUGGCUCGUCAGAGUCCAUUAGAAUAUCCUCCACUUGCGUCUCCGGAACCACUUCUGGAAUCACCUGUGGUGCCUCAACAGAUUCUGGUUCUUGUAAAUCAAUCUGGAGAGGCUGUUCAUCGACCUUCGUUUCUGUAACUGUCUUUUCCGGUUCCACAACUUCUGUCUCCUGCUUCUCCUGUAUCUGUUCGAUCGAGGUAUCAGAGAUCUCAAUCACGUUCGAGGCAACAACGCUAUUUCGACGCGAAUACACCCCCGUGCGACGUCGUCCGCUAAAGACGUAG